AUGUUGGGGAGUGAGUUUGCUGUCAAGAUUGACAAACGAUUGCGAGUGGUUUACGAUCCUGACAUGCCGUUUGGAGGUAAAUCGAUUCUGUGGGCAGGCGAUUUUCUCCAGCUAGAGGCACUUAUGGGAACACCACUGUGCUGUGCGUUGUACAAGCUGAACCAGAACGCAAUUCUUAUUGAAGAACGGGAUCUCAUGAGACGCUUUCGCGUUUUCUUUCUCAAUUCCCAGCAAAGAGCCCAUGAUUGUCCACAACAGCAGAAAAUCCUGGACGCUUUUCGGACUUUACCACUUACCUAUCCUGAUGGCUCCAGUUCUAGCGGAUGUCAACAACUAAGUGAUAAACUGAUUGAUGCUGUGAUAACUGAGCUCACUGCAACCGAAGUUGUGGAAGAUCCGGCAUGGUUGGAUGAAGCGACCGUCUUAGUAACAAGCAAUAUUGAUAAGGCUGCACUGACUGCUUGUGAGGCUAAGUUGUUGGCUAGCCGUACAGACACCGUCGUAUUUCAUCUACUUAAACCUGAUAAUGAUAAUGCAGCUUUCAUGGAAUACAUGGCUGAGAAGCCGCAGAACACCGAUGGAGUCUUCAUCUACGGAAGAUUCAUUUGGGAUAGUAUACAUACUUAUCGCGAUGGUAGUCGCCUUAUCCGCGUCCACUUGACGGCUUUAUUUGCCUCAGAGUCAACGGAGACCCUUACAUCCAAAUAUGAAGACAAGUAUGACACUCACCGCUUCUCCGUGCACGGAGACCUGGUGACGGGCACAAAUUGGCUUUCCGACGACACUACUCGCGAAAUGCCGCAUCUUGGACAGAAGCUUAAGGUCAAGAGCUUCACAAAAUCGAUGCUAUAUCGAAACGAGUGCUGCCAAUUCACGACGCGAUUUAAAGAUCUGGAGUUUGAGAAAAUGUCUACCGUCUUGUCGCUUUUGACCGAAAAAGAUAAUUGCGCAGCCAUUGGCAUGACUACUGCUCCGACCGCUCCUCCAACUACUGGUCCGCCUGCUACUCAUCCUACGGAUCCAUGCACUACUUCAUCCGCUAAUGUUGCAACUGAUACCGCAACGGAACCUCCAAUAAAGCUUGAACCUGAUGUGAAGAGACGCAAAACCAGCUAA